AUGCAAUUGUCUUUGAGUCAACCUUGCUUCUCAGGGACACUCCUGAUGGUGUUGAAUCUCUUCCUAUGGGAGAAGGUAGCCUCUGUUCCCAUGCAUGACAUUUUGGCUGCCAAUGGUAUGGUGUCUCUAAAGGACCUUCUUGAUCGUGCCAUCACACUGUCUUAUAAUAUCACAGAACUCACCGCAGAAACUCAAAGGAUGUUUCUGGCGGAUGUAUAAUAUACACCAGGCCGGUGGUUUCCCGAAAGAGACCUUACUGGCUGUGACUCAUCUACCAUUUCUGUUUUAAUACCUAAGGAUGGAGUGCAACAGAUCCAGGGUGUAUUCCUUCUGAAAGAGAUGAUCAGUUUGUUGGGAGCUUGGAAAGAUCCCCUGCAUCACAUAAUAACUGAGCUAAGUUAUAUGGAAGAAGUUCCCAAUGAUAUCUUAUCAAGAGACAAAAAUAUUGAAUCAAAAACCAAAGAACUUCUAGAGGAUCUGAAGAGGAUACUCAGCAAGGUUCAACCUGGGUUCCCAGAAAUUCAUGAAUACCACACUUGGAGUGGACUGGCAUCCUUGCAAUCACCUGAUGAAGACACUCGCAUUUUUGCCUUGUAUAACUUUCUCCAGUGUCUAACCAAGGAUUCAUGA